GCUUUUAUAACCUUGGCUAUGGUUGAUGAGAAGGAGCCGUAACUGAGGAAGUAAGCAAUGGCGAUGGCUGUGGCGAUGGCGAGGGCUGCAGUUGUGAGCUGCCGCGCUGCUCACACUCAGCUUUACGAGGUGUUGAAGGUGGAAAGGAUGGCUUCGCCGGCGCAGCUCAAGUCUGCCUACCGCAAUUUGGCCAAGAAUCAUCACCCGGAUGUCAGCUCGCACCCGGACGCACAGGCGCGUUUCAUCGAGCUCAGCAAUGCUUACGAGAUUCUCAUCGACCCAGAAAUGAGGAAGAUAUACGAUGAGACGGGUGAGCAAGGUCUGAAGGGUCGCGAGAGCAAUAGAAGAGGAGCUGCUCAGGAAGUGUGGGAAACGUGGGCUGAGUUUAAGCCUUUUAAGAGGAAAACUAGGAAAGGAGAUGCUCGUAGUUCUGCGGCGGCUAGAUCGGGAUCAACCUACACUCCUGAAAAUGGUGAAAGUGUGUGUGGGACAGAAGCACAAAACGGCGACGUUGUGGAAUAUCCCCUGUCUGAUGCUAUCAAAGCUCAGCAUCAAGAUGAUCGACUGAAAGGGGUUGGUCUUGUUGUUAGUCGAAACAUAGAUCGAGGAGACAGAGACAAACUUUCGGUAGAGAAUUUGACUCUUGUGGAGAUCGAGCCUCUAUAUAGAGAACCCAACAGCAGUGUGUGGCGAGCAGAUCCUAUGGAGGGUGCUGCAUUUGCGUCAUUGCCGGACUUGCGUAUCCUUAGAACAGAAUUUAAUAGAGUGACUGACGAAUGGAUAGUUUUGGAUGAUCUUUCACUCGAUUGUGAUAGCCCUACUUAUGCUGAGGAGAUCAUUCUUUGAAACAAGUGGUUUUAUGAAAAGUCUUGAAUCCUUGAGGGUCCUGCUCUUUGCGAAAACUCGUGCGUUCUAAGCUAAUUCAUGGCACAGCUAUGUUCUAUCCACUGAGUUCUUACAGUUUCGGUAGUGGCCGCUACGCAGUGCCAACACACGACCGCACAAGAACUAGAUAAAUGAAAAAGCUUGCACACCAGCUUUUCUUGGCGGUGUACAGUUUUCUUCUUACAAAAUGAUUUCAGGACGGUUUGUUUCUUGUGUGGAGAAGAGUAGGAGUUGCCACGAAGGUUUUAGGAACGAAUGGAAUGAAAGAUCAACUGAACGUUAUAUUUAUCAAAAACACUUUGUAGUUUUGAUAUUUCAUGGGUGGAUAUACUAAGAUAUCGUUCUUUCAGUCA